GGCGCGGGCGCGGGCUCUGGGUCCGCGGGGGCCGGGGGCCGGCUGCCCAGUCGGGUGCUGGAGUUGGUGUUUUCCUACCUGGAGCUGUCCGAGCUGCGGAGCUGCGCCCUGGUGUGCAAGCACUGGUACCGCUGCCUGCACGGCGACGAGAACAGCGAGGUGUGGCGGAGCCUGUGUGCCCGCAGCCUGGCAGAAGAGGCUCUGCGCACGGACAUCCUCUGCAACCUGCCCAGCUACAAGGCCAAGGUACGAGCUUUCCAACAUGCCUUCAGCACUAAUGACUGCUCCAGGAAUGUCUACAUUAAGAAGAAUGGCUUUACUUUACAUCGAAACCCUAUUGCUCAGAGCACUGAUGGUGCAAGGACCAAGAUUGGUUUCAGUGAAGGUCGCCACGCCUGGGAAGUAUGGUGGGAGGGCCCUUUGGGCACUGUGGCAGUGAUAGGAAUUGCCACAAAACGGGCCCCCAUGCAGUGCCAAGGUUAUGUGGCAUUGCUGGGCAGUGAUGACCAGAGCUGGGGCUGGAAUCUCGUGGACAAUAAUCUGCUACAUAAUGGAGAAGUCAAUGGCAGUUUUCCACAGUGCAACAAUGCACCAAAAUAUCAGAUAGGCGAGAGAAUUCGAGUCAUCUUGGACAUGGAGGAUAAGACUUUAGCUUUUGAACGAGGAUAUGAGUUCCUGGGGGUUGCCUUUAGAGGACUUCCAAAGGCAUGCUUAUAUCCAGCAGUUUCUGCUGUAUAUGGUAACACAGAAGUGACUUUGGUUUAUCUUGGGAAACCUUUGGAUGGAUGACACUGGCUUUCUUGGGAUAAAAGACAGAGUGAAGGGGAAAUGUGCUUAUGGAAAGAAGAAUCGUGAAGUGACAGUGUCACAUGUGCAUGUCCAAGGAACAUCCCGAAAGACACAUGAAGUUGUAAACUGGAGCAGCAACUCUACAGCAGAGAUCAUCUUAUUGUGCCCUCUUUCUUCUGGGCCAGAAAAAUCCUCCGGGUUGCAGUUGGUUGAGUGGGCAGUUGACAUAUGCAUGUUGCAACAGAUUUUUUUCUACAAGUUAGCAAUGUGUUAUUUCCAACUUUAAAGGUGAGAUUUUAGAGAUCUGUAAAAGGGAUAAGAUGAGGAAAUGGCAAGAUUUUAAGUAGUGUAUUUGUGAAGAAAGAUUGAUUCCAUCUUGCAACUGCCUGUUCUUUCUCCAGUCCCCCCCUUUUUUUUUUCCAGCCAGCUUGACUAUUAGAAAAGUAUGAAACUGGUUGGGUUUUAUUUAAUAUUUUUUAACAUAUUGAGAAGCAUGGUCUGCCUGGACUGCACUUCUCUAAUAGUGAGAUAUAAAAUUGUGCAGCUAUUUUAAAAGUUGUAUAUACAAUAUGUGUGUAAAAAAACUGUAAAAAAAAAUGCAAAGGACAAAGGAUUUCUUUGUUCUAGUUCAGUUUCUUAAAAACCACUACAUGGUACAAAAUUAAAAUAACAGGGACAAUUGGGUAACUCAAGAAGAGGACUUUAAGAAGAGAUGUGUUAUAUUGGCUCACUUUGUGUUGUUUUUGGUGUAUCGUUCCCAUAGCUAUUACAGUUGGUUUUUUUUAAUACAUGAUCAAAAUUACCAUAAAAAUCCCUCCAUCUCCUGACUGAAGAGUGAGAGAGAGGGCAAACUAUUUCUAAUUACACAUAUAUCAGUAAAGAUGGUCUAAAUAUAAUGGUAAUGUGCAUCUUUGGCAUCUAGUUUUAUUUUUUUGACUUUUUGAGAAAGUGUCUCAAGAAAGAACAUUGCCAUUUGUUCUUAUUGGCCUCAAAUAUGAAAUCUUUUGGUACAGCCUUUAGGAAAAAAAUUAUUUGAUAGUCUUUUUAUUUGUAACUUUAUAAUGCUACAGAUGUUAUCAACUUCUUUUUUUUUUUUUUUAAUUUCAUAUUGUUUACAUCAUGCAACAGUCUAAGCCUCAAAUUCUUCAUUGGGGCUAUCAAGAAAAUGUUUACUUACCCACCUGAAACAGUGCCCACCUGAACCCAAGGUUAAGAAUGUUCUUGAUCUCAUCAUAGAUAAUUGCCCCCAUGGGACUUGAAAUAUAACACCCUGUGCUGAAAAUCUCAGGUUGGCAAUAUUUUGAAGGUUUCAUUUUAGAAGAGCAUAAUGUUAAUUCCUAUUUUGACUGAUUAAUCUUAUUUUCUUCAUUAAUACUUGUUUGAAUUAAUAACCCAACACAUACGAGCUGAGGUUUUCUUUUGCUGGAAGAGAAACAAAGAUCUUUCUGUAUGAAAGUAUAAAUUGUAUGGUUUCAGAUACAUAAGAAUUGAGGAAGGCAAAUGAAAUCUUUGUACUUUUUAGGUUAUUGCUGUAUAUAUAUUUUGUUUGAAAUCUAAUAAAAUUAGGGACAGCACGCA